AUGCCGCACAGAGCCGUUUUAUACAGAGGAAGUUCGUUUGUUUCCUUCUCCAGUGUUAGUUCAUCCGACGAAAGUACGGCACAUGGUGACGAAUCUUUGGGAAAAGCGGAUGAACCAUUGACGACUGGUAUUUUGCAAGCUUGGACGUCUCAGUUCUCAAAGAAUCAGACUAGAAAAUUUCAUAACGAUUAUGUGGGCGCAUAUGUGCAACUUCAACAGGCCUAUGCCAAUCUCGAGCAGCUGAAAGAAGAAAGCCUUGCCGUGGAACGUGCUCUUAGUCAGAACCAUAAAGAAUCAGCACCUAGUACUGCUAGCAGUGUUGGAAGCACUCGUCGAUUGUCAAAACAUCUUAAAUCUCAUAAAAGCAAUGGUCAGUCUCCCAACAAAACUCUUGAAUUUCGCAGUUUGCCUUAUGACUCCAUGACAGAAUCUGCCCCGCCGUCUCCACUACGAAAUGGUUCUUCGUCGUCUACACUUUCGCGCCUAUUAGACACUAAUCGAGAUGAUACCGACUCCUUGGUAUCUUCUCAAAAGAUUUUGAGAAGGAAGGUUGAGGACGCAGAACAGAGUGUAAGUAAAGCACACUCAGCAAUGAAGGACUUGUUAUUACGACAACUGGACGAUGCUACAAUGUUUCAUUCUCCUUCAGAAACAGAGUCGGAGUAUCCGCCACUGCCCGACUUGCAUUGA